CUGUAUCCCGGAUGAGUACAGUGUGGCUGUUGGAAAGUGCUGUUUUAAAAAACCCUCCUCGCGGGCUGCAUUUCUUCUGCCUUUGCUGAUAAAAUGCUGUGAGAGCAAAGCCGAGGGAGGCUUUGUUGUUGCGACCUGUCUUUGGAUCUUCCUUCCUGUUAUCUGACCGUGCCGGAUGGAGACUUCAGAUGAUCUACAGAUUAAACUCCUUCUUCAGCCUUGGGCUUCAGUUUGUUUUUCUGAGUCUACCAGAUUGAUGGCUAAGGCUUGGUUUACUGACUCUACCUAUAUCUUGCUCCUCUCUGACCUCAAUAAUAUGUGGUAUGAAAAUCCAAAUACUGAAAAGAUACAACAGAGGUCAAAGGAGCUAAAUAAACGACUAACUGCUCCUGUAGCCUCUAUCCUGAACUGCCUGUCCAACCUAGUUUGUCCUCUUCUGGAAGGGAGAGAGAAGAACUCCGUCUCCUUCUCCUGUCAUCUUAGCUCCAGCACAUUGAUACUCCAUGUGAAGAGUGAACUUCUAGGAUUGCCCUUCUGCUGGGAUUUUCGCUGUGUUGCAGCACCUCUUGAGAUGAUGUCCUGCCACCUUCUGCGGCCUCUAAUGGCAAUGAGUUUGGCCAUGCACUCUCAGGUACAAGAAUUGGCAUCUUUGCUGCUUCAGAAGGAUGCAGAGAUUGAAGACUAUCGGGAGAGUGGAGCUACUCUCAGUCUAGAACGUCUAAAGACCGAACCCUUUAAGGAAGAAACUUUCCUGCACACAUUUGAGACUGAGACUUUGCCCCAAGCCUGCCGCCUGGGAGAUGGACGCUUGUUCACGUCUAACCUGAAAUCGCUCUAUGUGGCAGUGACCCAGCAACAAGCCAGAGCUGCUCGCAAACGGCACUGGGCAGAAUCAGAAGACUUUGGAUCCCUUAACCAUGCUACUUCUCAAGACCCUACAGAAGAUGUGGUAGAUUUGCCAGCAGCGGAAGAAAAGACAGAGACCCAGUUGCUAUCUGCACAGCAUGUGGAAGAAGCAGUGGUCUCAUCUUCCCAAGCUCAGAAAGCACAAAUGCCUGUUGUUAAAACCAAAAGGAAGAAGGCAAAAGGGCUCUUUAGCUGAUGCAACCGAUCAUUUUACAAAAACAAGGAUGCUGAGGCAGUUCUGAAUUUCUCUUUGCCUUCCUGGAACAUCUAGAGGAAAGCUGGACUUCCUACUAAAGCUAACAGUUGGGUCACUCCUCUCCUUUUGCCACGUUAAACGUUGAUAGUUAGAACAUCUCCCUCUGCACCAGAGCUAUCUACUUUUCUACCCCUGCUUAUUCUUUCCUGCUGACCUAGAAGCUUAGAAAUUAUGGAUUAUUAGGUAAGAAGGAAAGAAGCAGAACUACCGUAUUUUCUGGUGUAUAAGACGAGUUUCUAAAGCAUGCAAAUCGGCUCCGAAGUCGGGGGCCGUCUUAUACGCCGAGUCGUCUUAUACGCCGGAAAUUACGGUAGUUUCCAGCAUAUAAGACGACUUUCUAAGCAUGCAAAUUGGCUCCGAAGUCAGGGGUUGUCUUAUACGCCGAGUCAUUUUAUAUGCCGGAAAAUACGGUACCUCCUGUACUUUGCUUUAUUAAAGUGUGAAUAAAGAGCUUGGCUAUAA